UGACGGCCUCGCCGUGUCGGUGUCAUCACAGAGCUGGUCCUGGUCGUACAGAGCCGUUGUCACCUUCGCCGCCGUGUCUGUCUCGGUCUCCGCCUCGAGGGACAUGAAAAGGGGCAUGCAGCCGCCGCAAGUUGAGACGACAGAUUCACCUGCAGUGCCAACGCCGAAAUCAGCAUUACCACCAGCCACAUCAACCACAGCUGCGACUACAAAACCCUCCCUCACCAUCACCGCCUUCUCAUCCCCGUCUUCCUCCUCCUCAUCAUCAGCCAUCACAACGGCUGCCCCGUCUCCUCAGGCACCCACACCAGCACCAACACCAACAACGACAACAACCGCACCACCACCAGCCGCAACCAUGUACGAAUACGAACACAUCAUGACCUUCGACCAGCCGAUGGUCCUCGCGGGGCCAUCGACCUCCUCCCCCUCGUCGUCCUCGGCCGCCUCGCCGCCGGCGGCCCCUGCGCGCCCGACGAUGCGCAAGAGCAUCAAGUCGGACGAGGCGCUCGAGCUGCGCGGGCCGCUCGAGGUCGACGGCUCGGUCAAGUCGAUGGCGGCCGUGUCGUUCGCCGGCGGCGGCGACUUCGUCGUGCGGGGCCGCGUCGAGGCGUACGGCAACAUCGAGGUGGACGGGAAUCUGAACUGCGGGGGGAAGGUCAAGAGCAUGGGGAAUGUCAAGGUCCGGGGCUCGGCGGUUUGUUGGUGAGUUUUCUUUCUCUUUUUGUUUCUAUUCUUUCUUUUUCGUUUCUGUUAUCCUUCGCUCUUUCGCUCUACUGCUUGUGGUUGGUUUUGCUGGACUGGAGUGAACACGGAAUGACUGACUGACUGCAUGCAGGGACAAGGUCAAAAUAUUUGGCAAGCUCAAGAUCAACGGCACGAUGGAGGUGCACGGCGACCUGGAGGUGUGGGGGACGCUGACGAUCAACGGGUAUCUGUAAGUCUGGCCCGAGGAUUGAAGUAGCUCAGGGGGGAGCGGGCCUGGUUUGUUGGCUGACGAGCGACACACACACAGAAAAUGCAGAACCCUGACGGCGUAUGCUUCCCUCACCACUGUCGGCGACCAGUCCUGGUACGAGGUCGAAGAGGGCGAAACAGUCCACGGUGCGAAGCUGGUCCAGAGGAAUCACUGAGUGACCUAGCAGCCAGGGGCCCUUAGCUCUGGUUGCUAGGUUGUUUCCUCUUCUGCUUUCCCUUUCUCUUUCCCUUUGUUUCCUUCGGUCAUCUCCAUUUCUCUCUCUCUCUUUUUCUUUUUCUUUUCUUUUUCUUUUUUUCUUUUUUCUUUUUUUCCUUCUCUUUUCUUCACGAUCGUGAUGAUGGGUUC